AUGGAGGCCGUGAGAAGGCUCAUCCCUUUGGCCCUUUUAAUUGUGUCAUGUUUGGCAGAGCUGAACUCGACCGAGUCAGAAGGCAAAUCAAGCUGUCGGGCCAUCCUGGGAGGUGCCAGCCAGACCGAGAACCAUAAAGCCCUGAUCCUGCAACUCAAUCCCAAAGACAACUGCACCUGGACUGUGGAAAGCCCAGAAAACAAAAGUAUCAGAAUCAUCUUUUCCUACUUCCAGCUUGAUCCCGAUGGAGGUUGUGAAAGUGAAAACAUUGAAGUGUUUGAUGGAAACUCCACCGAGGGGUCUCUGCUGGGGCGAGUGUGCAGCGCAAAUGACUACGUCCCUGUGUUCGAAUCGUCGUCCAACACGCUGACAGUUCAGAUAGUCACCGACUCUGCAAGAAUUCCAAGAAGUGUCUUCAUCUUCUACUACUUCUUCUCUCCUGGCACAUCUAUUCCAGACUGCGGUGGUUACCUGCACACUUUGGAAGGCUCCUUUACCAGCCCCAACUACCCAAGGCCACAUCCUGAGCUGGCCUAUUGUGUGUGGCACAUACAAGUGGAGAAAGGUUACAAGAUAAAACUAAACUUCAAAGAGAUUUUCCUAGAAGUGGAUGAACACUGCAGAUUUGAUUUUGUGGCUGUCUAUGAUGGCUCCUCCACCACCUCGGGCCUCCUUGGACAGGUGUGUGGUCGCGUGAGGCCCACCUUCGAAUCCUCGUCAGACUCCUUGACCGUCGUGCUGUCUACAGACUACGCCAACUCCUACUGGGGAUUUUCUGCUUCCUACACUUCAAUUUAUGCAGAAAACGUCAAUACUACAUCUUUAACUUGCUUCUCUGACAGGAUGAGAGCUAUCAUAAGUAAAUCCUACCUGGCAUCACUUAAAUACAGUGAGAAUAGCUUACAACUAAACAACCCAACUUGCAGACCCAGAAUAUCAAAUGUGGUGGAAUUUUCUAUCCCUCUUGAUGGAUGUGGCACAAUAAAAAAGGUAGAAGAUCAUUCAAUUACUUACACCAAUAUAAUUACCCUUAUUGCAUCCCCAACUUCUGAACUGAUCACCCGUCAGAAGCAUCUCCAGAUUAUCAUGAAGUGUGAAAUGGAACAUAAUUCUACCGUAGAGAUGAUGUACAUAACAGCAGAUGACGUAAUACAAAAUCAAAACGCACUGGGCAAAUAUAACACAAGCAUGGCGCUUUUUGAGUCCAAUGUAUUUGAAAAGCCUAUACUGGAGUCACCAUAUUAUGUGGAUUUGAACCAAACUCUUUAUGUUCAAGUCAGUCUAUACACCUCAGAUCCAAAUUUGGUGGUGUUCCUUGAUACCUGUACUGCCUCUCCCACAUCUGACUUCGUAUCUCCAACCUAUGACCUAAUUAAGAGUGGAUGUAUUCAAGAUGAGACUUGUGAGGUAUAUCCAUUAUCUGAACACUAUGGAAGAUUCCAGUUUAAUGCCUUUAAGUUCUUGAAAAGUCUGGGCUCUGUGUAUCUCCAGUGUAAGGUUUUGAUAUGUGAUAGCGGCGACCAUCAGUCCCGCUGCAGCCGCGGCUGUGUCUCCAGAGGAAAACGAGACAUUUCCUCAUACAAAUGGAAGACUGACUCUGUCAUAGGGCCCAUCCGUCUGAAAAGGGACCGAAGUGCAAGUGGCAGUUCGGGAUUUCAGGAUCAAAUACAUGGAGAAGAAACUCAGAAUCAACCUUUCAACAGUUUGCAUCUGUUUUCAUUCAUGGUCCUUGUUCUGAAUGUUGUGAUUGUGGCUACAGUUAUAACGAAGCAUUUUGUAAAUCAGCGAACAGGCUACAAAUACCAGAAGCUGAAGGCCUGUAAUGAAGGGGUUCAGCCACAAUGAGACAUUUCUCCUGAAUGCCGAUGAAGCCCUAUCUCCUGGCUAUAUGCAUUAUGGAUAAAUUAGGGGGCGCCUCAUAAAAAAAUCUGAUAUACAGAUCCUCCUGUCAACGUGGUCACUGUGUUUCCUUGUAGUAUAAAUGAAAUGACCAGACAUUAUAUAAGUUACCGUCAUGUUAAAGGAUUGAAGCCACCAAAAUAUUAAAUGAGUUAAAAACAUCCUUUUUCAUAAACAUAAAACGUUUUAAGUAAACAUCAGGUGAAAAGUAAAAGGUUACUUUUACUUCCAAAAAGUAGUCUUCAGCCUUAGAUAUAUUUAUUUUCUACAUGCAAAUAUGUUACCUUUUGAAAUAAAUACAACAGUUUUUAUUCCUGA